GGGUCGGGCUGCGGCUGCGGCUGCUACCCUUCCAGCUUGUGAAGCAGGGAGGCCGAGGCCUGGGCCAAGCCCGGAGCCGCUGUUCAUCGGAGCCUCCUGGAGCCCCCGCGCAGGUUCAGCCUGGGGGCGGGCUCAGGCCCGGCCCGCCGCGGAGCCCAGGACAGAGGUUGCAUGCCCGAGGACCAGGCCGGCGCAGCCAUGCUACACCUAGCUGCAGAGGAUACAAAGAUAUAUAGUCUUUGUUACAAGUGGUCCUGUGCCCAGGAGGAGGCAUCUCCUUAUUCCUUACUUGAUAUCUGCUUGAAUUUCCUGACUACUCACCUUGAGAAGUUCUGCUCAGCAAGGCAAGAUGGAACACUGUGUCUGCAGGAACCUGGAGUAUUCCCACAGGAGGUGGCUGAUCGGCUGCUUCAGACCAUGGCUUUUCAUGGUCUCCUGAAUGAUGCAACUGUAGGUAUUUUUAGGGGCAACCAGAUGCGCUUAAAACGAGCUUGCAUUCGCAAAGCCAAGAUCUCUGCCGUUGCGUUCCGGAAAGCCUUCUGCCACCACAAGUUAGUGGAACUUGAUGCCACAGGUGUGAAUGCUGAUAUCACAAUUACAGACAUUAUCAGUGGGCUUGGCAGUAACAAAUGGAUCCAGCAAAAUCUCCAGUGCCUAGUGCUGAAUUCAUUAACUCUCUCACUCGAAGAUCCUUAUGAACGGUGCUUUAGCCGGCUUUCUGGCCUUCGAGCAUUAAGCAUCACCAACGUUCUCUUUUAUAAUGAAGACCUGGCUGAAGUUGCCUCAUUGCCAAGAUUAGAGAGCCUGGAUAUUUCUAACACCUCGAUCACAGACAUCACGGCUCUGCUGGCCUGCAAAGACCGACUCAAGUCUCUAACCAUGCAUCACUUGAAAUGUUUAAAAAUGACAACUACCCAGAUACUGGAUGUUGUUCGGGAACUAAGACAUCUGAAUCAUCUUGAUAUUUCAGAUGAUAAACAGUUUACAUCAGACAUAGCUCUUCGAUUACUAGAACAAAAGGACAUCCUGCCCAACCUCGUCUCCCUGGAUGUCUCUGGGAGGAAGCAUGUGACAGAUAAAGCUGUCGAAGCCUUUAUACAACAACGGCCCAGCAUGCAGUUUGUAGGUUUGCUGGCCACUGACGCUGGCUACUCUGAAUUCCUCACAGGCGAAGGACAUUUGAAGGUGUCUGGAGAAGCCAAUGAAACUCAGAUUGCAGAAGCAUUGAAGCGGUACAGUGAACGGGCAUUCUUUGUCCGGGAAGCUCUAUUUCACCUUUUUAGCCUGACUCAUGUGAUGGAAAAAACAAAACCAGAAAUUUUAAAGCUUGUGGUUACUGGGAUGAGAAACCACCCUAUGAAUUUGCCAGUGCAACUUGCUGCAAGCGCUUGUGUGUUUAACUUAACGAAGCAGGAUCUUGCUGCAGGAAUGCCUGUGCGACUCCUGGCUGAUGUGACCCAUUUGCUGCUCAAAGCCAUGGAACAUUUUCCCAAUCACCAGCAGUUACAGAAGAAUUGCCUCCUUUCACUUUGCAGUGACCGAAUUCUUCAAGAUGUUCCAUUUAACAGGUUUGAAGCAGCCAAGCUUGUCAUGCAGUGGCUCUGCAACCAUGAGGAUCAAAACAUGCAAAGGAUGGCAGUUGCAAUCAUUUCCAUCCUGGCUGCCAAGCUUUCUACAGAACAAACUGCACAGCUUGGUGCUGAACUCUUCAUUGUCAGGCAACUUCUUCAAAUAGUGAAGCAGAAAACCAAUCAAAAUUCAGUGGACACUACUUUGAAGUUUACUUUGAGUGCACUUUGGAACCUCACAGAUGAAUCUCCAACCACUUGCAGACACUUUAUUGAAAAUCAAGGGUUGGAACUCUUCAUGAGGGUUCUAGAGUCAUUCCCAACUGAGUCAUCCAUUCAACAGAAAGUCCUAGGACUUUUGAACAAUAUAGCUGAAGUACAAGAAUUGCAUUCUGAAUUAAUGUGGAAGGAUUUUAUAGACCACAUCAGUAGCCUUCUACAUAGUGUUGAAGUGGAAGUCAGUUACUUUGCAGCUGGGAUUAUUGCCCACUUAAUAUCUAGAGGAGAACAAGCUUGGACAUUGAGUCGUAGCCAGAGGAAUUCUCUUCUAGAUGAUCUGCAUUCAGCAAUUUUGAAAUGGCCAACUCCAGAGUGUGAGAUGGUAGCAUACAGGUCCUUUAAUCCAUUUUUCCCAUUACUUGGCUGUUUCACAACACCAGGAGUCCAGCUAUGGGCAGUUUGGGCCAUGCAGCAUGUCUGCAGCAAGAAUCCCUCAAGGUAUUGCAGCAUGCUGAUUGAGGAAGGAGGAUUGCAGCAUUUAUACAACAUCAAAGAACAUGAACAGACUGAUCCUCAUGUCCAACAGAUUGCUGUGGCCAUCCUGGACAGCUUAGAGAAACACAUUGUACGCCAUGGAAGACCACCUCCCUGUAAAAAGCAGCCCCAGGCCAGACUAAAUUGAUAGCUAUAGGUAAUUGGAUAAUUGAAUCACAGAAAUUCUUUUUGUGAUAGAUUCACUUGGAAUAUCUUACCCUCUCUGAUGUUUUGGGGGUUUCUGCAACAAGAGUCAUAAAGUGAGUAUGGGAUUGAUAAUGUACAGUACUGCCCAUGUGAACAGUCUCUGAUUUGUCUUGUGAUUUUUAACUUAUCAGAUGAGAAGAGUCUCUUCCUUGAUCAUUGCCUUUUAGGAAAAUUUCCACAUCCUUCAGUGUUUGAACUUACUUGUGCUUAAAAUUCUACAGUUUUAUGAGGAAGUUUGCACGGACCCUUAGGCCAGACUUUUCUGAUCUUAAAGUCCCUUCAGUCAAUUUGCAGCUUCAGAUAAGCUGUUAACCUGAUUUCUGGCACUGCUUCAGUUGUAAAUUUUAUAUUGCUUCUGUAUAAAAUGCCUUUAUUCUCUGUCUGUGUAUCUUUUAUAAGAUGUCCUUCUUAGUGUGAAAGAAUGGAAAUCUGAGUCCUCUCCUUGUGAAAGCUACUCACUGGCUGGUGCUAGGAUGGCUGGCAGAAAAUAUAUUAAAAAGAAAAACUACUAAGGGAAAAUAGAGUUUAGGAACUGGGAAAAGGUCUGCUCUUGUGGUAUAUAGUUUUUAAACUGGGACUGGCUAAUCUUCUGGGGCCCACCUCUCCUGAGGCAUUGCACAGUAGCUUGUUCUUCAUAUUUAUUCCUGGAGGCAUGGGCUGCUGCUUCCUACACAGACUGCUGGUUACUCUCUAGAAAUAUUUCCCCAAGCACCACAGUUUAAAAUAUUACAGCAUUCUGCGUUAGAGAUUAACUGUCUGAAUUUCUUUAUGUCAUAUUGUUGUGAAAAUGUGAAUUUUACAAAAAUCGUCUCUUCCUCAAACAGACCAUCCUUUUCCCUCUAUUUCAAAGUCAUUUUGUUCAGUGGAAUAGAGACUACACAUGGUAUUACCUGCUCACUUAAAAUACAAUUAACAACAGUAGAUUUUGCCAUGAGAAGUUAAUUUUCUUUUGUUUCAGACUACAUGUAUCUUAAUAUUUUCAUGUUGGGGAAGGAUAUCCACAUCUCACUGCCAAAAGUAAACAAGAAGAAUUAGACUAUUGUUAAAUGUAAUGAUUCUAGUUGCAGUGCAUAAAAGGAAAUAUUUUGUGAUGGGUUAUUUUUCAGACAGUUGCCUUUCCUUUAAGAGUUGUUACAGUAAAGAAUCAGUUGUCAAUAAUGGCAGUUGGGAGGCAGCAAGUCACCAAGAGAGUUAUUUUUCAUUAAACAAAAAAAAAGGCAAAAGAUUUAUACGAUCUGAAGAGAAACCAGAGUAUCCACCUUAAAUUUUAGUUUGUGAAUAAAGUUAACCUGCAGUCUUAGAUGACUGCAUCUUUUUCAUAGAUGGCCAAAAUGUUUUCAAUAGAGAUUUUAAAUAAUACGUUUAAAAUCAUGGUGAUUAUUCAGAAGCAUUUUUAUUUAGAAAGGAGCUGGCUUAUUAGUAUGCUGAUAAUAUUUUUGACAUACACGUUUCACACCACUAUCACAGUAGUCAUACUUGAAUUAUUUGGUACUCCUUCACAGGAGUCAAAACUUAAACUAAAUGAAAAUAGAUAUUUAGAAUCAUUAAAAACCAUAUUAAAUUAUGGGUUAAUUCUGACUUAACCAGUUUAAGGAAUUUUUAUAGGUGUGAGAUAAAUUUUCACAGAUUAUUUCUAUUUCAGAGGAAAUGGAAAAUCUUUUAAAAAUUUCCCCCCUUUUCUGGGUUUUAAAUAUCUAAGGCAAAAUGUAGAAAAUAGGAUGGCCUACAAAAGCUUGGAGUCGCUAGCUAUGUAGAGCAUUUCUAGGUCUUCUAGCUUGUGUAGCUAAGGAAAAGCCUAUUUGAGAAGUUUGGCUUCAAGUUUCUAUUGUAUCCUAUUCAAGACAAAAGUACAUGUUCCUUCUAGGCUAAUCCUAGGUUUUUGUCUUUAUGAAUUGUUUUCAAAAAUGGCUAAAAAUGUAUGGAAAACAAUAAAUCCCUUCAUUACUCAGAAUAACUUGUUGAUAGAUGAAGACUCAAAUAUAUUUAAAUUGAAAUUGAAAUUUGCUACUUUGAGCACUGGUAAUGGCCAGAUACUUUUGAAUCUUAAAAGCAAAAUAAUUAGGCACAUCCCAAAUAUAUAAAAAAUUUAGUGCCUUUGUGGUUGGGAUGGCUCUUAAAAUUGUGUACCUAAUUAUGGCACUGAAUUGUCUAUAAGGUCUUGAAUCUGGCUAUAAUACAGUAUAUAUGUAUAUGUAUAUAUACAUAUAUAUAUAUAUAAAAAUUGAAAUUAUGAGGUGUAACUGGCCUGUCUCUACAGAAAGAAUCUAUUAGGCCUCCCGUUUGCAUUUGUACACUAGAAUGUAACAGAACUUGGUGCCUUCAAGGGUUACCUCUUCAGUGGCUUAGAGGUGCUGUUUCAAGCACAAUUUAGACUAGGGUUGAACCACUCAUUUCUCAAAUCAUUGGUGUGCUCAGAUAUUGCAGAUUAUCACUACAUCAGUCCACAAGCAACAGCAAGGUUUAGAUCUACUAAAGGAAAAAGGAAAUAGAUCUACUAAAGGAAAAAGGAAAUGGAAUUAGACUUUUUAAACUCUAAGGAUGCAUGUGUAAAUUUAUUGAGUAAAACAAGAACAGUCUGAAAUUAAAGCAAAAAUAAUUAGGGUAUCUCAUUCUUUCCAUCAAGUCAGUUUUGCUGUUCUCUUUAUACUCUAAAAAAUCAUUUUUUCCUUUUGCAGGUGAAAAGGAACAUAAAUCAAGUAGUAAUAAGGGGUUAAUUUACUCUCUGGCCAAGGACUCAGUGGUUACUGAUCUUAGUUGAGAAUUAAAAAAGUCAUAUCAGACUCACAGAUCCAGGAAUUGACCUUAAAUAUUGCCGCUCCUCACCCUUGGACAGAAAUGCCGUUUAGUGGCACUAGUCAAUUUAAGUGAAUUACCCAAGGUAGAGAUGAAUCCCACAAAGCAACUAUGGGAAUUUAAUUUCAUGAUAUCUUUUGUUUGCAAGCUUCCAAAGAAUCAAGGAUUCAUGUUUUAAAAUAUCAGUGCUGUAUAUCCAGCCUAGGAAGUUGAUCUUGCUAGUGGGACCUUUUGAGUUGGCCCUUUUUCUCCCCAGUCACUUUCAUUUGGCUAUAUUUUAAAUUAUGCCAUGCUCAAGAUAGUAUUGGGCCAUCAUCUAGACCUUUGGAGCACAUUUUGAUGAAAACAUAUUUUAUUAUGGUUCAUUAUGUGCUAAAUUAGGGUGGAAUCGAUUAAUGAACCAUGGUUUUGGCUUAGUGCUUUAAAAUGCCUGACACCCCACCCUGUCCCCCCAUAGAACAAGGUGCAGCAAUACCCAAGGUUGAAAAGAGGUCAUGAGUAGCCAGGAAAAUAAACUUACUUUGUUGUAUAUGUUGAAACCCACCCCUUUCCUGCCCUCUAAUGGUCUGUUUACAUUAUUUGGUUAUUGUGCAACUUUUAUCUUGAGAUAAGCAGUAUUAUUAAACUGAAGGUGUAAGUUAAAGGCAAUAUCAUACUGUUGGCUGACGUGGGCAGUUUCAUCUGUAUGUUACUUAUUUGGGGGCUUUAUAUGGCUAGGGCUUCAGAGUAGUGUUCCGAGAUAGCUUACAGAGAGGUUUGCAAACUUAUGGUUUCCCUCUCAAAUCCAUUGUAGCAGUUUCAAAUGAUUGUGUGGAUAUUGGAUAUUUAAAUUUUACCAUUUGCUUUGUAUUGACACAUUUUUCAUUUUUUGUAUUAACUCACGAACUGUUUAUUUAAGUAAUAAUGCAAAUCCAGACUUCAUCCAGUGGUGAAAAUAGCGGUAUGAUAGGAAAUUUUGCUGAGUGUGCUUUAAAUGAGUAACUGCUUUAUCUUUUUUUAGUAUUUCACAGAUUUUGUGUGACAUGUACACUCCUAAUUAUGCAUUCUUUGGUUUCCAAAUCUUAACCUAAGACAUUCUUAUGUUAACUGAUUGAUAGCCUAAGAGAGAACUUUCUCUGCCUGUUUCUCCCCCUCCCCCAAUUUUUUUGGGUAAAUUAUGGGAAAAUCAAUGCUAUUUCUCGUUUCUCUGGAUGAAGCAAAGCUCCUUUGGACAGCACAACCUAACUGCAUAGCUAGAUAGAAUGGCUAUUGAGAAUAUUUAGAAAAUCCAAAUUAAUCAAAUUAUGAGAAAUCAUAAAUGUAGUUCAUUAAUAAUAUGUGCUUAAUUUUGAACUUAUUUUGGAAAAUUGUUCAAAUUGGGUUCUUUUAAGCUUACUUUAAUCAGCUUAGAAGCAAGAAGCUACUUUGCUAAUGAAAGCUGAGACAUACUUUCAUAAAAGCAGGAAAUUCUUGAGAGCAUUUAAAAAUGGGAGGAUGUUAUGUCAAGAUUUAUACUUUCAGAUAAUCUGUAAGAAUAAAAUUUUUAAAUCCCUGACUUUUGUAGAAUUCCCACUGUCAAAUUCUCACUGACUUGUGAGUAUGGAAAAAGCUAUCUUUUGCUUGAAUUCUGAUGGAAGAGUUUAACUCCUUUUAAAGGAUAUGAAAAAUUCAUUGGAAAGUGUAAUGUGUAUACAUUUCAAAGGCUGUCAAUUGUCUGGACUGAAGGCACUGUUCUUACUGUGGCCAGAUGAAUGGGAGUGUCCUGUACAUGAAUCAUGGUGUUUUAAAUCAGGACAUCACUUAGGUAUUACUGUUGUGUAUACAGAUUUUUGUUUUGGGGAUUUCUUUUUUUUUGGCCUAAAUAAAUGUUACAAAUUUUA